AUGGUGGCUCUACAAUUAUCUGUGAACAAGGUUUGGGUAGACAGGGGCUAUCACCAGGGUCCCGAAGGCCUGAUAGGUGCCGAUGGAAAAAGAGGAGGCUGGGGGUGGAGCGGACGGGCGGUGAUCGACUCCAACUCAGGGUGUACUACGGGGUACGGAAUACUUAUCUGCCGUUUAAUAUGCGAAAGGUGUCAAGUGAUGGCCUGUCCUGGUAUUGUGCUUAUUGCCUAUUCAAUCAUGGUCGACAGUCCUGAGCCAAUCAGCGGGGCGGAUGGGGCGGUGAUGAGGCCCCAUGAGCGACCCGGUGACUGCCCGAUCGGGCAUAAUGGCGAUGACGGGCCCGAGAUGGAGCAACAGCAAAAGCGAGGAGGCUGGACCAAGAAAACCAUCAGUCCGACCUUUCGAUGGAGUACGAGGAGUCGGAGCUGUCCACACGGACAGUGA